AUUGAAAACAUAGAUGCAUGUCUGAGUUUCUUGGCUGCUAAAGGGAUUAACAUACAGGGGCUGUCAGCAGAAGAAAUCAGGAAUGGGAAUCUAAAGGCCAUCUUGGGCCUUUUCUUCAGUUUAUCUCGAUACAAGCAACAGCAACAGCAGCCGCAGAAACAGCAACCACAACUCCAUCCGUCCCAGCAACCUCCCCCAGUAUCCCAGCAAGCAGGGCCUCCAUCCCAGUGCCAGGUCGGGGUACUGCAGCAGCAGGUACCGGCUUCGCUCCAGACUCCGUGCCAACAGCCCCCGCAAGCUGCGCAGCAUCAGUUCAAAGCACAACCAGAAAUGCAGUCCAGACUUCCAGGUCCCACCACGAGGGUGUCCACUGCAGGCAGUGAGGCAAAAGCUCGUGGUUCUAUUAGUGCCAACAAUCGACGCAGCCAGAGCUUUAACAAUUACGACAAAUCUAAGCCUGGACUUCCCCCUCCAACACCAACAAGUACCAAUGAGAAAGGCUCUGCAGACAGUACACCCUCCCAGCCCACAGGAAUGAAUGAAAAUGUCUCAUCCUCAGUUCAAAGCUGCAGCAGUACUGUUAGUUGCAAUAACUCAUCAGCCAUCCCUCAGCCCAGCUCUGCUAUUAAGCCUUGGCGCAGCAAGUCCCUUAGUGCUAAGCACACAGCUACGUCUUCCAUGUUAUCCGUAAAGCAGCCCGUGUCAGAGCCUCCAAAGCCACCCUUGGAAAUCGCCAAAACAACUCCCAAUGGUCAAAAAUCCAUGCUUGAAAAAUUAAAACUCUUCAAUAGCAAAGGAGGCUCCAAAGCAGGAGGGACAGCGCUUGAGUGUCCGGGGUCUCGGGACGACAGUUGUGAAAAGCUAGAGAUGCUUCUCAGCUUUGAGGAGAGUGAAGAAAUUGAUGCCACGAAUCAGAAUGUGAGCAACCCAGGAUCGAUGUCCAGUAGUCCCAAAAUUGCACUCAAGGGAAUUGCACAAAGGACUUUUAGCCGGGCACUGACUAACAAGAAAAGUUCUCCAAAGGGUAAUGAGAAGGAUAAGGAGAAACAAAAAGAGAAAGAAAAGGAUAAAAGUAAAGAUGUUGCAAAGAGAACAUCUAUCACUGAAAAGCUGGACCUGAAAGAGGAACCAAAAGAAGAACAGACAGCACUAGCAGCAACAGAAAUGCCAAAAAAGUCCUCCAAGAUCGCAAGCUUUAUCCCGAAAGGAGGAAAGCUAAAUAGUGCCAAGAAGGAGGCCUCUGCCCCUUCGCACAGUGGAAUACCAAAACCAGGAAUGAAAAACACCACAGGAAAAUCCUCAAGUGCCCCCGCUCCUGCAAAGGAAGGUGAGAGGAGCCGCAGCGGGAAAGCCGGCUCGGGGCUCUCUCAUCAGAAGUCUCAGCUGGACAGCAGGCAUUCCAGCUCCUCGUCCAGCCUAGCCUCUUCAGAAGGAAAAGGUGUAGGAGGCCUCCACAGCAGCAGCAGCAGCCAAGCUGUCAACGGACCCGCCGCAACAACACACACCACAGGGAGCAAUACUGUGAGUGUUCAGCUACCUCAUCCCCAACAGCAAUACAGCCACCCGAACACUGCCACGGUCGCUCCCUUCCUGUACAGAUCACAGACAGACAAUGAAGGGAACGUAACAGCUGAGGCUAGCACAGGAGGGGUCAGCAUGGAUUCUGCUCUUUAUGUCAAAACUGGACAGCCUGCUCUCGAAGACCUCUCAGGAGAGGAUCCAGAAACUCGGCGGUUACGAACUGUGAAAAACAUUGCUGAUCUUCGACAGAACUUAGAGGAAACGAUGUCCAGUUUACGGGGAACCCAGGUCACUCACAGUGUUGAACAGGAGGCUUGGGAGAAGAAGCUGUUUGGCCCCUAA